ACCAGGAAGAAAACAUCAGCAUGAUGGUAAAGAAAUUUGAAAUAGAAACUGUGGCAGACGAUCGUAUAGUGUGUGAUGAGGGUUUUGCCACAAAGGUUUUUUCCAUUUAAUUGUUGAAAAUGCUGCUCUUUUUCAUUGCGGGUCUCUUCGUGCACCUUGUGUUUUUUGCCUCGAUCUUUGACAUCUACUUUACAUCCCCGCUGAUCCAUGGGAUGACCCCGCAGCAGACACCCUUGCCUCCUCCUGCCAAACGCCUGGUGCUGUUUGUGGCUGAUGGCUUGCGAGCUGACACAUUUUUUGAGUUGGAUGAAAACAGUACUUCUAGAGCACCUUACCUCAGAGACAUAAUACAAACUAAGGGAAGUUGGGGUGUAUCUCACACGCGGGUCCCUACAGAAUCUAGGCCUGGGCAUGUGGCGCUUAUUGCUGGAUUCUAUGAAGAUGUCAGUGCAGUCGCAAAAGGUUGGAAGGAAAAUCCUGUUGAGUUUGACUCUGUGUUCAAUGAGAGUACAUACACGUGGAGCUGGGGUAGUCCUGAUAUCUUACCAAUGUUUGCUAAAGGUGCAAGUGGAGACCAUGUUUAUACGCAUUGUUACCUGGCAGAAAGUGAGGACUUUGCAGCUGCGGAUGCUUCCAAGCUGGAUACCUGGGUUUUUGAAAAUGUGAAGGCUUUCCUCAAUUCUGCCCGAAAUAACCAAACUUUGUUAAAUAAGCUGAAUAAGGACAAGAUUGUGUUUUUCCUGCAUCUCCUGGGUUUGGAUACCAAUGGUCAUGCUCAUCGGCCUGGUUCUAGGGAGUACAAAGAAAAUGUAAGAAAAGUUGAUAAAGGAGUCAAAGAAAUGGUGGAAGUGAUCGAAGCUUUUUAUGGAAAUGAUGAUAAAACUGCAUUUAUCUUCACUUCUGACCAUGGCAUGACUGACUGGGGAUCACAUGGAGCAGGACAUCCAUCGGAGACAUUAACGCCAUUGGUUGCUUGGGGAGCUGGGGUCCAUUAUCCAAGGAGUAGUUCUUUGCAAUACACAGACGACACAUUUUCAAAACAGUGGAAGUUGGAAAGUUUGGCGAGGCUUGAUGUCAACCAGGCUGAUGUAGCACCCCUGAUGGCAUCCCUUAUCGGCAUUCCCUACCCUCUGAAUUCAGUGGGGAUUUUGCCUGUGGACUAUCUUAACAACAGUGAUCUCUUCAAAACAAACAGUAUGCUUACAAAUAGUCUUCAAAUACUGGAGCAGUUUAAGGUCAAGAUGUUACAGAAAAAAGAAACUACUUUAUCAUAUCUGUUUUCACCAUUUAGUUUGCUUUCUGAGUCUAAACAGCUUGACAUAUUGAGGAAAGCAAAAUCUUACAUUCAGGAAGGGCAUUAUAAAGAAGCGAUGACUUUGUGCAGAUCUCUGAUCGACCUUGCUUUAGAAGGCCUCUCGUAUUAUCACACCUACGACAGAUUUUUCCUUGGUAUAAGUGUUGUCAUGGGGUUUGCUGGUUGGAUCUCUUACAUAAUUGUAACGCUUAUAAAAGCACAAAGUGAUAAGAUUCAAUCUUCUUCAAAUUCUAACAAGGAAGCACCAUCUCAUUCACGUUACGGAUUUACUGCGCUUGGACUUUUUAUCGCCUUCUUCCUGAUGAUUCAGUCAUGCCCUUGGACCUACUAUGUUUAUUGUCUCUUACCCAUUCCAGUUUGGCAUGCUGUUUCUAAAGAAAUGGGGAUAGUGUACAACGUCAUGAAGUACGUAUCAUCUGUUCCAUUGCAUAGGACACUGGGAUUUCUUCUAAUUAUUACUGUAGGAGUUGAAAUAUUGGUCCUUAGUUUCUUCUACCGUUCUGUCCUUACGGUGGGUCUGAUUGCUUUUGCUUGUUGGCCAGGGAUGAGAAAGAUGGCUGCUGAAUCCAAGAUAACAUCCCUGAGUUGGGUUGUGUUGUGUUUGCUGCUAGCACUAUUUCCCUUGAUGCCUGUUGUUGGGAGAGAGCCUAACAUCACUCUGGUCACUUCUGCUGGACUUGUUGCACUUCUGAUUUCCUUGGCCUCCCUUUGGUUCCUUUGGAAGAACAAAGGGAGACAUUUUGAAGAGCAAGAUCUUGUCAUUUACAUCUGCCAGGUGCUGAACCUUGCGGUUUCUGUUUAUAUAGUGAAUACCACCCAUUCUAGCUUGGCAAUGAAGCAAGGCUUACAAGUGAUUAACCAGAUUCUCAGCUGGGCUACACUAGUGUCCGCUGUGGUCGUGCCACUGCUUAGUGCCACCAUUCUGUUCCAGAGGCUCCUGUGCAUUUUUAUUUCAUUCAUGUCAACCUACCUGUUGCUGAGUAAUGGGUAUGAAGCAUUAUUUCCCAUAGUACUGUCAUGCUUGAUGUUUGUCUGGAUAUUAAUGGAGCAAGAAAAUCACCAGAAACACAAUCUUUCUUUCAAACAAAAGCUUAGCAGUAUUGACUUCUCUUGUAGUACUGAUAUAACUCCGCUUCGACGACUGAAUCUCGAUGACAUUCGAAGAUCUUUUUUCUUGGUCUUCUUCAUAAUUACAGCGUUUUUUGGCACAGGAAAUAUAGCUUCUAUAAACAGUUUUGAUCCUGCUUCUGUCUAUUGCUUCCUGACUGUGUUUAACCCCUUUGUAAUGGGAGGUCUGAUGAUGUGGAAGAUUCUCAUUCCUUUUAUUUUGGUCAUGUGUGCUUUUGAAACAGUUAAGAUCUCGGCACAGAUUCCCUCUAAAAGCCUGUUUCUCAUCGUUCUUCUGAUAUCAGACAUUAUGUCUCUGCAUUUUUUCUUUCUGGUUAAAGAUUAUGGAAGUUGGCUUGACAUUGGAACAAGCAUCAGCCAUUAUGUUAUCGUGAUGAGUAUGACCAUUUUCAUGAUGCUUCUCAGUGGACUGGCUCACUUUCUUACUACAAAGAAAAUUGUAAUAUGGAGAACGAAGAAGCACCAUUGCACUUGAUGAAAAAAUAUGGCUGCUGGUACAUCUACAGUUGGAGAAUGUCAACAUAAGCAAAGAGUAUAUUUGCUUCGCUCUGAAUUCAUGGAUAAGA